GAUAACAUUCUCCAAACUUGACUACCUAAAUUUCAAGCUCAUACUAUUUUCGCCGGUAAUACGUCGCUCAGAUGCUUCUGAGAACCGAUAGAUUUGAUUAUGGAUAUUGUGGUGAAUAGUGAAAACGUAAAAUAUACCAUCGAUUAUAUCGAAAGUCAUUAUGCUUACAAAUAUAAUAAAACUGAAAAAAUUGGAGAUAUUAUAGAGGUUACACCGCUUUCGGAAAAAUUGGUAUUUAGAACAUCAAGAAAAAUACCCAAAUUGGGUGUUAUGUUAGUUGGAUGGGGUGGAAAUAACGGAUCUACAUUUACGGCAGCUGUUAUAGCUAAUAAACUUAAAUUAUCAUGGCCGACUAAAAAACACGUUCAAAAAGCUAACUGGUAUGGAUCCAUUACACAAGCUGCAACCGUAUGCGUGGGCGAUGAAAUUUACGUACCCAUUUCAAAAUUAUUACCCAUGGUACAUCCAGACGAUAUAGUGAUCGAUGGUUGGGAUAUUAGCGCAUGUAAUUUGGCAGAGUCUAUGGAAAGAGCUCAAGUAUUGGACUUAUCUUUGAGAGAACAAUUAAGACCGUAUUUGGAACCGAUGAAACCGAGACCUUCAGUUUACGUACCCGAGUUUAUUGCUGCCAAUCAGAAAUCGCGAGUAGACAACAUCAUCCCAGGUAACAGAAAAGAACAACUGGAAAAAAUCAAAUCGGAUAUCGAAGAAUUCAAACAAACGAACAAUUUGGAUAAAGUUAUCGUUUUAUGGACGGCGAACACCGAAUGUUUCAGCGAAGUCGUUGAAGGUAUCAACGACACAGCUGAAAAUAUCAAAAUGGCAAUUCUAUCCGAUAACAAGAACAUACCUCCUUCGGUAUUAUUCGCUUACGCUGCUAUAUCUGCAGGAUGUACUUACAUCAACGGUUCACCACAAAACACUUUCGUACCUGGAAUAGUAGAUUUUGCAGAGAAAGAAGGCGUCUUCAUAGCCGGAGACGAUUUCAAAUCCGGUCAAACGAAAAUUAAGAGCGUACUUGUUGAUUUUUUGAUCGGAGCCGGUAUUAAACCAGUCAGUAUUGUCAGUUAUAAUCAUCUCGGAAAUAACGACGGAAAGAAUCUGUCAGCUCCGGAGCAGUUUAGAUCAAAAGAAAUAUCUAAAAGUAACGUUGUAGACGAUAUGGUUAAUUCAAACGAUAUUCUUUACGCACCAGGAGAAAAACCUGACCACGUAGUUGUAAUUAAAUACGUUCCUUUCGUUGGUGAUUCUAAAAGGGCGUUAGACGAAUACACUUCGGAAAUAAUGAUGGGCGGUCUGAAUACAAUUGUCAUUCACAACACUUGCGAGGAUUCCUUGUUGGCUACCCCUAUUAUUCUCGAUUUGAUUAUCUUAGCAGAUAUUUUCUCUCGUAUCAAAGUUAAAAGAGAAGAAGAUCCAGAUGAAGAUUAUAACGGUUUUCAUGUGGUUUUAUCGAUUUUGAGUUAUCUUUGCAAAGCACCUAUGGUACCGAAAGAUACACCGGUAGUUAAUGCUCUUAAUAAACAGAGGGCGUGCAUCGAAAAUGUUUUAAAAGCCUGUAUAGGUUUGGCACCUGAAAAUAAUAUGACUCUGGAACACAAGGUGCCCUUUUUAAUGCAGAAACAGGAAAAAUUGAACGAGGAAUCCAAAGAAUGAAAAGUGUGUGGAUUAUUUUUAUAAUUUUUAAAAGAAGUGGUCGAGAAUGCUGUAUAUUAAUUCGUAGAUCUGACAGUAUUUUUUGGGUAUAAAUUAUUUAUAUAUUUUUUUUGAUGUUCUAAGUGAAAUUUUGGCUUUUCUGGAUUUCAUUUUGCCAGAAAUUACCUUUUUCUAGUUAAAUUUAUUCGUAAAAUUUAUUUUUGAUUCCAAUUUAGCAAAAUUCUUUUAAUGAGUUCAAUUUAUCUAGAAAUGUCCAAAUUUGUCUUGUAUAAGUUUAAGUUUGCCAAAAAUUUGCCUUUUUAAGAGAAAUUUUUUUCAAAAAUGGCUUUUAGUCUGAUUUGGUCAAAAUUUAUCAACUUUGAGAGGAAUUUUGUCAGAAAACAUGUUUUCUAGGUUAAAUUUACUGAAAUUUUGGUAGUUUUGUGAUUUAAUUUGGCUAAACAACCAAACAAUGGCCUUUCUGUAUUCAAUUUGCCUAAAAAAUGGAAUUAAUUGGCUUAAAAAAAUGUUUUAAACCAUAUUUCACCUCAAAUUAUCUUUUUAGGUUUUUCGAAAAAAUUCAUUUCUAAUUCCAAUUAACCAAAAGGUUUUUUUACUUGCGACAUUUUGGCUUUUCUGAGUUUAACCUAAUGAGAUUUUGUAAAAAUUGUAUUCAUAGGUCUAAUUUGGUCAAAAAAUUGAAUUAAUUGGCUUGAAAAUUGAUGUUUUUGACCAUGUUGUACCUCAAAUUACCUAUAUCGAGUUAAAUUUAUCAUAAAAAUUUAUUUAUGAUUCAAAUUUAGCAAAAAGUGGUUCUCUUCAGGUGACAUUUUGGCUUUUCUGAGCUUAACUUAAUAAGAUUUUUUCAAAAAAGGCAUUCAUUGGUCCAAUUUGGUCAAAAAAUUGAAUUAAUUGGCUUGAAAAUUAAUGUUUUAAACCAUACUAUAUCUGAAAUUACUUUUAUUCGGAUCAAUUUGGCCACAUAACUCGUUUUUGAGUUUAAUUGAUCAAAAAUGUGUAAAUUUGCCUUUUUGGAUGGAUUUCUUUUCAAAAAUGGCUUUUAUAAGUUUAAUUUGGUCAAAAUUUGAGUGUAAUUUUGUUGAAAAAUUUUUGAGUUAAAUUUAAUGAAAUUCUAAUAUUUUUAUAAUUUAAUUUGUCCAAACAACCUAAGAAAGGCUUUUCUGAAUUCAAUUUGGCCAGAAAAUGAACAAAAAUUGGCUUCUUUUAAAUUGAUGUAUUAAAAAACUGACUAAAAUUUAAUUUGGACAAACAUUGGUAUCUUGAAAUGGAACUGUUCGUCUACGAAUUUAAAUUUUGGUUAAAAGAUAAUCAAAUUUAGUCGAAUAUUGGCUAGUUUGGUCAAAUAUUGAUUUUUCAUUUCAGUUUGGCGAAAAAAUUGCUUUUCCAAGUCAAAUUUACUCAACAAAGACCGAAAUAUGUUAACUUUUUUGAGUUUUCUUUAUUAAAAAUUUUUUUUCUAAAAAAAAGUCAAAUUCAAUUUAUAAAAGGCUUCUCUGAAUAAAAUAUUUGGUUAAAAAAAUGGCCAAAAAUUAUUCUAAAUGAUAUUUCAUUGAAGAUUCUUGCUUUUUUAAGUUUUAUUUACCCCAAAAAAUCAUUUUAUAUCAAUAAUUCUAAUUUAAACGACAAUUGGCUAUUUCGAAUUUAAUAAGUAAUAAUAAACAACGGUACAUUUUGGCGAAAAUAAACGUUUUUGAGCUUAAUACAAUCAAUAACUCAGUUCCCAACUUCGAAUACUAGUCUGAAUCUAAUUUACAUAAUUCUUGACCACCCUUUAUAUGUUAUGUAUCGAACACGAUUGUUUUGUAUAAUAAAACAUUUUAAUCUGUUUAAUUAUUUCAAAGUAUCAAAUAAAUCAAAUUUACAAAGA